GGGAGCCGAGUGAGGACAACGCAGUACACCGGUUGGAGUCACCGUGACUCGGGCCACGGCGACGCACGCAGGCCCACCUACCCGAGGGAGGGUCGGAGCAUGGGCAAAACCACGAAGCCCCACGUCUCGGGCUGGGAACUCCUGGCUGGCGCUCGGCCAACCCCUCAGAGCGGUUUCCGGACCUUCGGAACCGGAAGCGGGUCUCGGGCACGCGAGUAGGCGGGGCCUCCCUCCCGGAAAUGCCUGCGGCUUCAGCCCGGCGCGCGGCCCCGCGAUCUGCAGUUUCCCAGCCGUGCGGGUGCGGCGGUAGAAGGGUUCGGAGCUAGUUGGCUCUCCUCGCCGCUCUGGGAGGGCGGGAUCCUAUUAGGGCGGCAAUCCCACGGAGAGAAGGGAGGGAGAGUCGCACGGGACCCCUGGGCCUUUGUCCCGCCUAGAGAGGGAAGAGAGUUUGGCCAGCCCGCGGGCGAAAGCGUCGGUCCCCAGUCCCACAGGGGAGGGGCGGGAUGGACGGGCUGCUGACCCCCAGGGAGUCCGCAAAAUUCAUUGCCGAAAACAGUCGGGAUGUUUUCAUUGACGGCGGGGGCGUGCGGAGGGUGGCCGAACUGCUGCUCACCAAGGCCGCGGGGCCCGAGCUGCGCGUGGGGGGCUGGAAGGCCCUUCACGAGCUGAACCCCAGAGCGGCCGACGAGGCCGCGGUCAACUGGGUGUUCGUGAUAGACACGCUCAACUUCUCCUUCUGGUCGGAGCAUGACGAGCACAAAAGUCUGGUGGGAUAUCGGGGGAAGACGUACAGUGGGUACUGGUCCCUGUGCGCCGCGGUCAACAGAGCCCUGGACGAAGGGAUACCAAUAACUAGUGCUUCCUACUAUGCCACAGUAACCCUUGAUCAGGUUCGGCAUAUACUUCGUUCUGACACAGAUGUUCCCAUGCCUUUGAUAGAAGAGAGGCAUCGAAUUCUCAAUGAAACCGGGAGAAUUCUGCUUGAGAAAUUUGAAGGCUCUUUUCUUAAUUGUGUCAGAAAAAGUGAAAAAAGUGCACAGAAGUUAAUGCACCUGGUAGUUGAAAGCUUUCCUUCUUACAGAGAUGUAACUCAGUUUGAGGGGAAAAGAAUUUCUUUUUACAAACGUGCCCAAAUCCUCGUGGCAGAUACGUGGAGUGUAUUAGAGGGAAAAGGAGACGGCUGCUUUAAGGAUAUCUCCAGUAUCACCAUGUUUGCUGACUAUAGAUUGCCUCAGGUUCUUGUUUACCUGGGAGCCUUGAAAUACUCUGAUGAACUACUGGAGAAGCUUCUCAAAGGAGAAAUGCUUUCAUAUGGGAGUAGGCAAGAGGUGGAAAUCAGAGGGUGUUCACUUUGGUGUGUUGAGCUGAUCCGUGAUUGUCUUCUGGAGCUUAUUGAAGAAAAGGGUGAAAAAUCUAGUGACGAGAUCAAUUCCAUUCUUCUGGAUUAUUACUUAUGGGACUAUGCCCGAGACCACAGGAAUGGUAUGAAAGGAAUUCCGUUUCAUCGCACGCGUUGCAUAUACUAUUGACCCGCAGUGUAAACUGAUCCAAAGAAAACUUGCAUUUUUUAUCACAUAGUUAUAUGUACAGUUUUGCUUUGAUAUUAAGAGGGUUCAUGACAGAAAUAAUGAAGGAAAUUUAAUGUUUUCUUUGAAUCUCAGAUUUCUUAAAAUUAAUCAUGUCUUAUAAUGUGAUUAAACUUCAGUGAUAAUUCAUUCAAUUGGUAUCUUUUUUCAAAGUGUAGUAAUUUUCUGUGUACCUUAAUUAUUUGAUAAGAGAGACAGAAUGGGAUCUUUGCUACGUGGAUGCUGCUGCUUUUAUAAAAAUCAGUCUUGACAAAUUUUCAAAAACUUCUUAUUGGUAAAUACAGUGGAUUUCGUACAUAAUGAUUUUCAGUUUAGAAUAUCUAUUUUUUUUCAGAGUAACUAUAUUGGAAUUGAAUAAAGAUUUUUAAAAAUUUU